UUGUUUUGAUUAUGUUUACAUUGACAUGUAGCACGUGGUUAUUGACUGGUGAGCGUGUGUACGUAUUCCGAUUGUACUACGAAUAUAUUUUAAAAACUAAGUAUUACGUCUUGUUCAACGAUGCCGAAAAUGAAAGAAAAGAAAGGUUUCAACUGGAAGGCAAGACAAGUUGUCACUACAGAAAUAAGAGAGACUGGAACUGACAAGAUUGAAUUAGAUCCCGAGUAUCAUGAUGCCAGAAAGACAGAUGCCAAUAAUUUAUUAGUGUUGCCUUCAAAGAAGCGGAAGACUAAAACAAUAAAAAAAUCAAAUAGUGUCAUUAGAAUUUUGUCUAAAAAACAGAGAAAAGAACUGCAAAAAGUAGUGGAAAGGAAGAAGAAAAAAGAAAAUCGAGCCUUGGUCCUAACAGAACUGUCGAGUGCAUCUGCUCCUGCAGAGAUUACAAAAUGCCUUCCGUCAAUCUCAGCUUUUUAUUCGAAAAGCAAGAAAAGCAGGAAGCAGAAUGCCUCGACGAAGAGCAGGGAAAGGGCAGAUGACGAGCUCGAAGAUGAGGAAGACAGCGACGAGGCAACGACGGAGGAUCCAGAGCCGGAGCGAGAAGGCAAGCGCAAACUGAGCAGCGUGAAAGGAAGCAACAAACGUCACAAACUCCUGUCGUCUGGGAUACCAUCUACGAAAGAAAGUUUACCCGCGAACACUAUUACAUUUGAGAGUUCGAGCGACGAUGGAAGUGACGGUGAAAGCAGCGACGGUGCGGGAGGCGGUGCCAGUGACAAGCCCGCGGAGGAGCAGUCCGUCGAGACCCCGCCCCCGGCUGCCGACGAGGGGAAAGAGGAGGAGGGGGAGAGAGGGGCGGAGGCGCGGCCGGACAGGACGCCCGCCGUGUACGUCCACGUGGAACGCUCGCCGGCCGUUCAGGAGGCGCGCCUCAAGCUGCCCGUCCUGGCGGAGGAGCAGGCGGUGAUGGAGGCAGUGCGGGAGAACCCCGUGGUCCUGCUGGCCGGGGAGACGGGCAGCGGCAAGACCACCCAGGUCCCGCAGUUCCUCUACGAGGCCGGCUACGCCAGGGACGGCCGGAUGAUCGGCGUGACGGAGCCCCGGCGAGUGGCAGCCAUCGCAAUGUCGUCGCGCGUUGCUCACGAGAUGAACCUGAGCUCUCGCGAGGUCUCCUACCUCAUCAGGUUCGAAGGGAAUGCGACCGAAGACACCAAGAUAAAGUUCAUGACGGACGGAGUCUUGCUCAAAGAGAUACAGUGUGACUUCCUGCUGUCGCGGUACUCCGCGGUGGUGCUGGACGAGGCCCACGAGAGGACCGUGCACACGGACAUCCUGGUCGGCCUGCUGUCGCGCAUCAGCCUGCUGCGGGCCCGGCGAGGGGACCCCCUGAAGCUCGUCGUCAUGUCGGCGACGCUGCGGCUGGAGGACUUCACGGCCAACAGGAGGCUGUUCAAGACGCCGCCGCCCGUCAUCAAGGUGGAAGGACGGCAGUUCCCCGUGACUGUGCACUUCAGCAAGCGCACCGACCCUGACUACGUGUCGGCUGCGUUCAGGAAGGCCUGCAGGAUCCACACGCAGCUGCCCGCGGGCGGCAUCCUCAUAUUCCUGACAGGCCAGCAAGAGGUGAACAGCGUCGUGAAAAAGCUGAACAAGACCUUCCCCUUGCGGGGGAGCCGGGCGGGAGCGGAAGGGGUCGACGACGGCGAGGAUGACGGAGCGAGGCGCAAGAAGAAGAUGAAGAGGAAGGAGAAGAAAGCAAGGCGAAGGGUGAUACCGGAGGUGAAGCUGGACGACUACCCUGCCGGGCCGCCCCAGCCGGACGAGGAGGAAGGGGAAGGCUACGGGUCGGAGGAGGGCUCCGACCGGGACGACGACGUGGCGGAAGCGAGCGAGUGGCUGGGUCCCCCGGCCUCCCGCCAGCCCGUGUGGGCUCUGCCCCUGUACUCCCUCCUGCCCAGUGCCAAGCAGACCGAGGUGUUCAAGCCGGUCCCCGACGGAUGCCGCCUGUGCGUUGUCGCGACCAACGUGGCGGAGACGUCCCUGACCAUCCCCAACGUCAAGUACGUGGUGGACAGCGGCCGCGUCAAGGCCAAGCUCUAUGACGGCCUGACGGGGGUGUCCAUGUUCGCAGUGAAGUGGACCAGCAAGGCCUCGGCGGACCAGCGAGCGGGCCGAGCCGGUCGAAUGGGGCCCGGCCACUGUUACAGGCUGUUCUCGUCGGCCGUGUUCAACGACCAGUUCGAGGCGUUCGAGGUGCCGGAGAUCCAGCGGAAGCCGGUGGACGACCUGGUGCUCCAGAUGAAGGCGAUGAACAUCCACAAGGUCGUGAACUUCCCGUUCCCGACGCCCAUCGACCCCGUGCAGCUGAGGUCGGCGGAGCGGAGGCUGACGUUGCUGGGAGCGCUCGAGAAGCAGCAGCUGAAAGGGAAGGCGGGGGAGUUCUCGUCCCGGCUGACGCCGCUCGGCAGGUCGAUGGCGGUGUUCCCGGUGGCGCCGCGCUUCGCCAAGAUGCUGGCGCUGGGCCACCAGCACGGGCUGCUUCCGUACGUGGUGUGCGCGGUGGCAGCCCUGAGCGUGCAGGAGGUACUGGCGCCCUCGGACAAGCAGUCGGCGGACAGGAGGAGGAGGUGGGCGGGCACCGGCAACUCCUUCCAGCUGGGUGACGUGAUGGUGCUGAUGGGGGCCAUCGGGGCGGCGGAGUACGCCAACAGCCAGGGCCGGCUGGAGGAGUUCUGCCGGGCGAGCGGGCUGCGCCCCAAGGCGGUGGCGGAGGUGCGGAAGCUGCGACGGCAGCUGUGCUCGGAGGUGAACGCCAGCGUACCAGGCCUGCAGCUGGCGGUGGACCCCGCCAUGGAGCCCCCCAGCGACCGCCAGGCCCUGCUGCUGCGGCAGACGGUGCUGUCGGGGCUGGUGGACCAGGUGGCCCGCCGCGUGCCGCCCGGCGAGGUCAAGGACGAUCAGGACAAGCUCAAGUGGAAGAGGGCCUACAGGUGCGAAGGCGUGGAGGACCCGGCGUUCCUGCACCCGUCCUCUGUGCUGUUCCGCUCCUGCCCCGACUGGGUGGUGUACCAGGAGACGUUCGAGACCAGCAAGCAGUACCUGCGCGGCGUCACGGCCAUCGAGCCCCAGUGGCUGCCCACGUUCGCGCCCGGCCUCUGCUCGCUGUCCCCGCCCCUCGCGGAGCCCCCGCCCCGCUUCAGCCCGGAGGACGGCGAGGUCCUGUGCCACGUCAGCGGCACCUUCGGGAGGUCGGCGUGGGAGCUGCCCGUGGUGGAAGUGCCGUUCCCGCCCGGCCCCGACGCCUAUAAGUGGUUCGCGACCUUCCUGCUGGACGGCUCCGUGUGCCCCGCCCUGCAGCGGUUCCGCAAGCAGCUGCUCUCGUCCCCCGCCACCAUGGUGAAGACCUGGGCCAACUUGCAGCCCAGGACGAGCGCGCUGCUCAACGCGCUCACGGCACGCCAGGUGCGGUCCAGGGGCAGGCUGCUGGAAGCGUGGCAGAAGGAUCGCUUGUACUUGCUGUCGGAAGUUCAGCAGUGGUUGCCGGAGUCCGCGCACAGCGACCUGGCUGCCACUUGGCCUCCGGUUUAAGUUCCUCGCGAGAACGACUAUCACACUAUCAGCUAGUCUCAAGUUAUCUAUGUUCAUGAAAUAUUUAAUUUAAUACUGUUCUUGUAGGCAAGUAAUGGAGAACUCGAGUCUGAUGGUCAAAAUUCUAGCUCUCUGCUGCAGGCUCAUCGAGAGAAAAUUCGGUUUGGGGGGGGGGGGGGGGGGGGGGGGGGGGGCUGUAAAAUGUCAAGAUUAUUUUUAAUGCUUCAGUUUUCUCUGACAAUAAGAAAAUUACAAGUCUAGUGUUCUAACAGAAUUCAUUAAAAACCUUUAAGAGUUAUGCAAUAUGUGCAUUAGGGGUCUGUCUGCGAGUAUUUAAAAAAAACAUUCGUGAAUAAUUUUAUACUCCAAUUCAACACAUUUGAAAUUUAAUAUGUUUUUUUAAUAAUAUUUAAUACUUAUAGGUAGGUCUACAUGAUGUGGGACUCAUUUACAAAUAAAUUUUUAAGUGUAUCAUGUAUGAGGCAAAUAUGUUUUAUUAUUGAGAAAUUUAGACUUGUUUUCUGCAAAAUUAUUUAUAUUUAGAUUUUGUACGAACAAACCAUCAGUGAUUAUGAAUUCAAAUGAUUAAUAAUACUCUUUUUUAUGUAUGUCAUAUGUUAUAUCAACGAAACAAUUAUCAAACUUAAAAUUUUACUUCUUCCCCUCCCCACUCCCAACUGUUUUUACACCUCUUUAUUAUGAUUCCAUGUAUAUACCUCUCUUUUCCAUGAUAGAAUUUUAAUUAAUUUUUCUUGGUCUCCUAUGAUAUGAAGUGUGGAAAUAAAAAAUCACUGUAUGUUAAAUUUAUAGUUAAUAUUCAUGAAUAAUAGGUAUGAUAUUUGAUUCUAAUUAAAAAAAAAAACAGAAUUCGAAGAAGCCUCGUGCGCAGAUCACAUUUGCAUGCAGUCAGGGCCACAGUAAUGUUUAGUCUAUAGGUUUUUUUUUUUGUGUGGGGUUAAAAUUUAAAAUAAAUUGUAUAAUUUGAAAACAAAAAUGUUACGCUCCAAUCUAUGGAUACCUUCUUUUUUUUUGUCAGAUGGUGUUUUAUUGUAUAGUUACACACACUAUAAAAUGGUGUAUGCAAGAUUUUAUUCUAAAUAAAGAAAGUGUUGAGAAAAACAUGCCAGCUGUGGCGAUGGUGAAUGCUGGAUUGUCUUUACUUUGUUCAGGAAAUUUUAAUUUGGUCUGAAAAAGUCCGGGAAAUUUUAUUAAAAAAUUUGUUUGGCCACCUUGUAUUCAGUCCUCAUGUGUUUUUUUUUAAAUAGUGAGAGUUCUGAUUUAAAACCCUUAACUUACCAUAACUGUUUAGUCUUUCUUGAAUAUAGCAUUCAAAAUGAUGUAUAGCAAGCUUAGACAUAUUAGAUAUUAGCUACAGAUUUGUGAUGAUUGUGUGUUUUAUUUUAUGCUGUGGAAGAAUUCUUAAGAUUGUAUCAGUGACACUAUGAAUGUAGUGGCUCAAGUAGUAACUAAAUUAUUUAUAAUAGACAAUAUUUAGAACGAAAACUCUUGUAUCUACAUGUGAAUCAGUCACUGCUGCUUUGUAAAUAUGUAAAUAUAAGGUGAAGAAAAAUUAAUAUACAUAAUGAGUUUAUUCAGUAGUCUGGUCUUGAUAAUUGUGUAAAAAAAAACUGCAGAUGGAGUGAAUGAAACAUCCAAUAAGUGAACAGGAUUGAGAAUGGUGAUGACGGAGUGUACACACUUUGUACUUUAGACAGCCUUAUUUAUUUUUAGUGACUUGAUGGUUUGAUUACUCAAUACAUACGUGGCGGACAGUCUGAGACUUGUGUGGCUUUUUUUUUGUAAGUCUGUUUUAUUUACAAGUCAUUUUUGUGGUAGAUGGCGUAACAUCCUUUUAGCCUUUCUGAGACAUACUCAGAAAUCAUUCUUAAAUAUUGAGCAUGACAAGAAAAGAAUACCUAUAUAUUUUCAACAUAUGAACAUAAAAAAUGUAACAUAAAAUUGUUAAAUAUUUUUUUCUGUUUCAUUUUAUAUUGCAUAUUUUGUUGUGCUAAGGUAAAUUAUUUGUAUUAGUGUUGACAUUAAAUAAAAAUCCAGUGUGUUAUUUAAAGUUUUUUUUUAAUCUAGUUGGUUAAAAUCUGAUUUUAUUCUAUUAAGAAUUAUUAGGGUUGUGCACAUAUAUCAUAGUGACAU